CGCCGACCCCAAGUGCGACCCGGGAAUCCUGGCCGCGAUGCGGCUGACGUGGAAGGCGCUCGAGCACGGGCUGGAGCACGGGGCGCGCAAGACUAUACCGGGGGAGGAGGAGGUCCGCGCGCUUAUAACGGGGUCGCCUAUGGUGGUGCCGGUGUUUCUGUGCAACGACGCGCCGGAGAACAUUCACUAUGGGCCCACUACGACAGUGGAGGAAGCGGUCAAGAUCCUCUGUCGCAAGCUCCAGGUUUCCGCCUCUUCCCCCUUCGCCAUGUACACCAGCCGCGCCACGCGCCCGUCGUUGGCUCCGCGGGUUUCCGCCUCUCCCGCCCCUGGCGGAAAGAAGGCGCCGCCAUUCCGCCGCCGUCGUGGAGCACGUGCUGCUGCCGCGCAGUGCCUAUGUCUCUGACUUGCUGGUAGACUAUACGCACAGCAGCGCAAGUGGGGCAGUCGCGGCGGCCAGCAGGUGGUCUGCAAGCUGCUGCUGCGCAAGCGCUGGUUCGAGCGCGCCGAUGCUGACGUGGCGGAGCGCCAGUUCGUGCGCCUGUGCUACGUGCAGCUGCGCCGUGACUACAUGCAGAGCCGCUACCUCGUUACAGCGGAGGGCGCGGUCGUGCUGGCCGCGCUGCAGAUCGCAGCAGAGAUUGGCGUCAUCCCCGACCCCCUUGACGCUCCCGAGUGGCUCGUCCUGAUGACCAAGUCAGUGCCCGCCAUUGUGGCUGGCGCCAUGAGUGAGGACGAGUGGGCCAAGCAGAUUGCCGCCCAGUACAAGACCCUGUGGUCGCUGGACCACGAGGGCACGAUGAGGGAGUUCACGCGCAUCAUCCUCGACAGCCCACAUGGCGGCUCCAUCUUCUUCCCCCUCCGCGCCCACCCCGACUUUGCUCCUAACUUCCCCAAGAGGGUGGAAGUGGGGGUCAACCACAAUGGACUCCACUUCCUCAACACCGAGGACCACUCCCUGGUGCAUGAGGCCGAGCUGAAGGACAUUGCCGAGUAUGCCGGCAAGCCCGGGCGCGUCUACUUCUGCCUUCUCAUGCGCAACCAGCUCUGCUCGCUCGAGUUCGCUACCAAGGGGGGAGACGAGAUCACCCAGCUGUUGGACCGCCACAUUGCCAACGCCGUUCGGCAAGCAAGGGGAGAGCAAGGAGGGGUUGAGAGCGAGAGGGAGAGGGAGGAGGAGGUGGUGGUGGGCGUGGAGAAGGGGAGGGUGAUUGUGCGGCAGGAGGGGAUGCUCAUGCCAUCGCUUCGGCUCUCACAAGCAGCAGCCGUCUCUCACGGUUCCCGCCCUCGCUAUGCUUAGGGGUGCAGCUUUUUACUGCGGGAUUGGGGGAGAGGGAGAUAGGGGGAGGGUGGUGGUGGUGCGGCAGGAGCAGUUUCUUUUUUGGUUGUCUUAAGCAGCAGCAGUUCCCCAUGGCUCUUGCCUCGCUAUGCUUGAUUCAUCCUUGUGAACACCAGGACCCUGUUUGCUCUGCCAGGAUGGGGUCGAUUCACCAGGACUCUGUUUGUUUAUAAGGAGGUUGUGAUUAUGCGAUGGAUGGGGUUAGGGGUCAAUGAAAGUUGACGGGUUGAUGAGUUAUCUUUGAGGACCUGCUAUGCCGAGUCACGCUUUUAUAGGAAUAGAGAUAGUAGGGCUUUUUAUUUCUCUCAUGUUUGUAUUUGUGUUCAAUGCAAAUCCUUUACAGUGUUUAUG